GGGUGCGAUUUCGUAUUGUGGUACUGCAGCUUACCCAGCAUUUGGUCAUCUACUUUCCUUCAGCGCCGCUGCGCCAUAAACUAUGACUCAGUACGGCUACCACGCUAGACCGCACGGGGAAACAACCAACAAGCAUCAAACGGUCCCGAAGCACUUAGAUUUCUUGAAUUAUGGUUUGGACCAUUGUUUUGAAGGCAGUAAAAAGGUACAUGACUGUGGGUCAAGCGGCCUUUAGGCCUACUGUGGGAGGACGCUUUUUUUACGCGUGGAUAAACGAAACCGGAAACUGGGUUGAGACCCCUUGAUGCUCACGAUUUUGAGCAGCUCGGUGCUUCGCUAGCGAUCCCGUACGGUCUUCCGCGUACAUUUUCGACAUUUUUUCGUCGUGCUCGUGUAGUUGCUGUUGGACACGAAGCCGCAGAGUGGAGAAGCAAGGAAAGUAUGAAUGCAACGGCGCUGAGGCUCGAAUGGGGCUGUAGCAGUUGUCUUUCGUGACGCUGUAUUUCGUGACGUUGUCUGUCUACCACGAGGAAGUCGCGUUUAAUACCAGAAGUAACGACCGGAAGCAACGACUGGAGUUGUACUGGGAGACCAGCCAUAUUUUGCGCCAGUUUGGGCUGCUUGGACAGACCGACCUUGUCGAGAAAAUCAUCAGGCACGCUUCAUCAUCGAUCACGAAGCGAAGGAAUCCGCUACAACUAGAGCUGCGUGGCAUAGUUCGUUGCGUCCGCCUCCACUAGAACUUCGGGAUCGUCGGGACUUCGUGACAACUGAUUCGCGAAGCGAGAAACAGCCGGACGCUUUGUUUACUGCUGUUUUUUUCGCAAGAUGGCGCCGAAAGCGAAGGGGAAGAACAAGGGUGCGGACGUAGAGGUGGAGUUUCCGGCUAGCAAGACGUUUCCGGAGCUCUUCGGGGAACUUUUGCCCCACCAAACCGCUUUCUCGGUCACGUUCAACGCACGAUGCCACCCGUCCAUGCUGGAGAAGACUCGGAUCGGCUUUACCUGGCUCGACGCCGAUUUUCAAGGUGUGAAUACGCCCGCCGAUGGUGUUCCGCCCAACCUAGGGGCGUGGGAGCGCAACGAGCGCGCGAGUAGCAGCAGUGAGGUUCAGGUGUCCUUCACAAAGCAGUUUCCAGCGCAACCGGUGACUUUAUUAAGGGUAGGUUAAAGGUGCUUUUCUUACCGCUUUUUAUGCGAAUAUCCUAAGGGAGAAAGGCAGAAAAAGCGGGGUAAGCGAGCACCAAAAACCUACCUCUAACUUUAGAACUCUUGUCCCUACUGCGGACGGCGGUGAUGGAGGCAACAAUCUUCACGAAAGACCUAGAGAGCGGGAAGUGUCGGAUCUCUCUCAGUCCACUGUUGCUGGCAACAGAGGGGGCAGAAGCUGGAAUUAUGAUGAAAGCCCACAGGGUGUGAACGUCACAACUCACUAUCUUCCUCCCUCUCACUCGGCGUUCUUUUCCCAUCUUAUAACUUUACUUUUUACAACGUCUAAAUUCUCCUUUGGCUUCCUCUUUCAUAUGUUACGAGUCGCCAUCUGGAACGAAGUUGCCGAUAAGCUUUCCGUCAAAAGUUUGGUCCACACGUAGAGACCAGCUGAAGGCUCCUGGCCUCUUCUCGCUAGAGAUGUGCGUAGGAACGGAGCAGCCCCUUUUGACAGAGGAGAUGGCGAAGCUGUUGCUGCCAGUGUUCGUGGAGGUGAAAGCAGUGAAGAAUAUGCCGAACGAGCCCUGGCUCCCAGACAAGGCACAGGGUGUCUACGCGCAGGUUUACGCGCAGUUAUCCGCAACCACAAAACCACUGGCCCCAGACUUGCAACUGGACUCGGGGCAGCCGCCGACUGUGCCAGGUGCAACCGAGGACGCAGCUGUUGCCGGAAGCAAGGAGAAAGCACCCUUAUGAGCAGGACAACGCGAUGGAAAAUUCGAUUUGGAUUUUGGCUUUUGUUACUACUAACUGAUAGGAGACGUAGUUAUUCUUUUUUGUCUAAGGUCCAUCUGCGUAUGUUAGCAGACAUUCUCUCUUUCGUCCGCGCCCCUCGAACAAGGUGGUUUUUCUUUCGUUCCUCUUCCACUGCAGCAUCCAUUAGCUUUGUUCAGUUUUUGAUCGCCAUCUAGAAGUACUAACCAUAAAUGAUUCAUCGAUGAAAAAAAGUUCUCUAAUUCAGAAGGGAGGUAAAUCUGGCGGAAGUAAUUCUGGGUCGUCGACGGCGAAGAAGAAAGAUCCCUCGGAGAUUGGCAAAGUGCGGGCGCCUUUGGAUCCAGACUGUUAUGCGAAACACGCGCCAAGAAUACCCCUGGACGCGAAAGUGGUUCUUUUUUUGGGCAUUUUCCAGGAGAAUUUGCACCUCAUGCGGGAAUGGCUCAUGAGUGACAGCCUGUUGAUAGAAGUGCACGACCGAGACACCGCGGACGCGCCAGCGGACGACCCUGCGAGCGGCGCAUCGGCGGAGGAGGGAAUCUCAGCUGGAGUUUCGGGAAGUACCUAUUCAAGAAUAAUAUUCUUUUUGGCUGAAGCUGAAGCGGAUCGUCUGCUAAAGUGAUAGAUUAGACCAUCAGAUUCAUCAACACAUUAGUGUGUCAACUUCUCUUGAAAUCAGUUGUCUAACUAUAUCUUCCACUAGAAUGAAUCUUCAAGUUUUUGAUUUUGUUCGAGCUAGAUUUUUUUGAUCAAUUCAAACUUUCUCGAAUUGGAUCGCGACACACACCUCAACGAUCCCCCAGGCGAACAGGAAGAAGCGCAGAAGAAAAAAGUUUCGCCCAAGGUGAAUCCUCACGGAUUGGCAAGGUUUCGAUUGGCGGAUUUUUUGCUAACCAGCAGUUGGGACAUGACUUUGCGUGCGGACUUGUACCCAAUACGGAGUAAUGUGAAACAAAGGUACUUGUUACUAGGCUAUUUUUUUAGGUCUUGUUAGUUAGCGUACUUGUUACUAGGUUAUUUUUACGUUUUGUUAUCCUUAUCAAACUGUUAGCCAGCAAACUGUUAGCUACAAUGUGGGGUUUGACUUUGAGUGAGUGCCACUAUUUUGUUGUAAUUUGUUCCUGAGGAGAACGAAGACUGACUGACUAGAACAAAGACUACAAAUGUUAACUAGGUACUUAUUUCUACCUGGGCUAGAAGGGGUUCGUUGAUUCGAACUGUCAUUCAGUGCAUCUAUGCUUUCAAUCAAUGAAACUUUUUGAAUUACCGAUGCAUGCUGGAAAAUCACAAUCCGAAAUCCGUUGGGAGUGAAUCCAAGAAAAUAAACCACCACACGACGACCACCAGAUACAAAGAGCUAAAAGCCGAAGGUCUCGACCCUGCCACGCUGCUCGACCGGGAGACGCGCAGCAAAGUAGCGAGACUCGCUAGCACUGCAGAACUGAGGGAAUUCGAGCCGCCGUAUCUAGAACAUGGCACGUUCGUGCAGUGUCGCUUCGUCAAACGGGCAACUCUGCCUUCCUGGCUAGACCUUCAGAAAGAAGCCGAAGUCUAUAGGGCCGAAAAGUUUCUGAAUCCCAGUGAAAAACGAGUAGUGGACCCACUCGACGCGCCAGAAGAUUGGCGAUGCUAUGUGUGGAAAGCAGUCGAUCCAAAAAAUGGCAGUGUGCAUUACAGGUGAAUAUCUUAUGAUCUUGCUUCCUUUAAUAUCAUGCUGUAAAAAGAUGAAGAUGUAACUUUGAGUUUUCCACUUGAUGUUGUUCGUUCUCGUGUUAAGCCCUACAUCUAUCACCACCAGGCACAAUGCAUAGACCUUAAAAACAAGGACUACAAGUGUGCAGGUGAUUGGUACAGAAGAACUUUCUUCACCUCCUUUUGUAUUUUCUAUUUCUUCGUAUUUAUUGGUACUUCGUAUACAAAUCCACUUUCCUUCUCAUCCUCCUCCUCCCACUCCUGACAGGUUCAAAAUGCUAGAGCCAGAGGAGGUCUUCGAUCCUGAGAAUCCCUGCGCCUGCGGCCCUUAUAGACUAAAACAAAGGGAAGCGGAGAGAGAUGCCCUUCUGUGGAUGAAGACGAACUUGGUGACUGAGGAGGAACGUGCCUCGACCCAAGCACCACCAAGUGAAGAAGACUACUCUUAUGACCUGUCCUGAGUGUUCUAGAUGUAGUCCUGAGUGUUCUUCCCGAGACUGUAGAGUCACGUCUGUAUAUUACUAACUGGACCUAGAUGAAAAUAGAAUAGAACAUUUAGGUUAGAAGCUUUUUGUCGAAGUCGAAUACAUAGCGCUAUGAUUUUCAACUUGUACCAAUCGAGGUGCUGAUAGAAGGAAGUGCCCAAAGGACUUGGUCUAAAUUUCACUCCGAUACUCAGAUUAGAUAUAAAUCAGAUUAGAUAUAAAUCAGAUUAGAUAUAAAUCAGAUUAGGUCACAAAUAACAAAGCAAAAGCCUGACCUUCGUCUUUCUCCACCAGGAACAACAGGAACAGCCGGGAAACAGCAACAACUGACAAUCCAACAACAAGCUAGAAAAGCGGUUAGAACUCGUCAGGGAAAUCUUAGGCAUCUUGCCGAAUAGAUUCAAAUCGUCAGAUUCUUUGUCCUCUGCCGACCACUUCUAAUUCCAAGCCCUGGAGGAGGAGCUUAAGGAAAUCGCGGAUCGGGAGAAAGCAGAAGAAUGGCUGACCACCAAUAAGAAUAGUCUGGUGCCCCCCUCAAGUACCGGCAUCGACCUCAAACACGAACGAUAUGGACGGCUUGUUUACGUCUUGGACAUUCAAAACGAAAAAACUGCGACCGAGGUCCUUCGGAUAGUGCGCGAAGUCAAUCUUAUGAGAAUAGGAUUGAUAGGUGUCCGUGUCUAUAGUCCCGCUUUACCUCUUCUGAUGUUUUGAUGUAAUUGUCUAGUUUAUUUUUAUUUGCAAGUCUAGUUCACUUGUUAGUCUUACUUGAUAGGAUACUUACUCUAUUGAGUUAUUUAGUACUCUAUUUAUUAGAUGUCUAGUAUCGGAAUUGUUUGGUUUCAGCAUCUUAGGCACUAGGUAUAAUUUGUUUCUAGCGUUACCUCCUGGGCCCAUCACUUACUCAUGCGGUCUAACGAAUUGCUUAGUUGCAUUGUGCGCAACAGUAUACACAUGCACUGUAUCCGCAACCUAGCCUACAGUAGACUCUCUGAAAUUUUGUCUUUGCCCCUGCAUCUUUCAUUCCUUAGAAAGCGGUGGGUCUCGAGAAUGCGCAUAUCAGCGUGCUGAAGAACUACGAGCUUAGCGAUGCGGAGAAGCUGAAUCCUGAAUUAGACGUGCUGACGGGCUUCUGUCUGUUAGACAAAAAGUGUAGGAUAUUCGUUGUGGAGGGUCUUAGGAAAGGGGGCAUCGCGAGGCUUUUACGGGAGAUUCCACGUAUGGAGCCGAACGACGAGAAAAAUAGACUCAUAGGGAACAAUGAUGUAAUGUUAGACUGCGUUUGUUGCUAGGAUGGUUUUUAGCUUUGUCAAAGCUGAUAGAUGAUAGAGAAUCUGAAUCUUAGAACUCAAUUCAACAAGUACUUGAUGUUGAAGAUUUGAUAGAAGAAGUUUGGGAGGAUCAGUUUACUAGUCAGGACUAGAUCUGGAUUCGACAUGAUUAAUGGUCUUGUCGAGUCUGUCUUUGCUUCGGCAGUGGAGCAUCAGGAAGUGGGUCAUAUCACUCUCUCCACAAUCAACAGGUCGGGUUCUCGGACACGCUGUACCAGCGAUUUAACCUCUCUUUGAAGCACGUGAAGAUACGGCAGAAUCUCGAGGUUCUGACCGGCACAAAACCGGAGUUGUACGACGUCACCAGGUGUGCGCCCGAGAUCUUCACUAUCGUGGAACAACUCCGAGAACUGAAACGGGCUAGCCGCAUUCAACACGCCAAGGACUACCUGAAGUGCUUUCCGACAGUAGAAUGCCUCACGAAGCUGGAAAUUCUCUACGGCGACUACAUUUCCGACGAGGAGCUCGCGGGAGGCAUAUCGCCAGAAUUUGCAAAGAAGCUGUUGCAGUUGGAACUGGAAAGGAGAGAAGAGGAAGCAGAGGAAGCGGCAGCAGCUGGUGGCGCGCACAGUUCAGCACCUGCGCACAGCAUGGCUGGGGAUACAACACAUCUUAUGAAGAAAUUCAAAUUGGUUAUAAAAAUCUAAAUCCUGAUGAAUUAUGGUCAGCCAAGUAGAAGGGGGAGAAGAUUAAACUUGUUGACCGACUUAACUUCUAGGUACUUCUUCUCAUUGCAUCUCUUGUCUUUAGAAGACGUUUGCCUGCUAGCAAGCGCUGCAUGCUUUGUAUCCUAUCGAAAUUCUCUGUAUGAAGGAAGAUUCUUGUUCCACAACAAGUAGUUUUUGACGUAAUACUGUCUUUCUCCCUUCAUCUCCACGGACUCCAUGGAUCAGGCGAAUAACAUGAUAACGGGGCUAAACCGGACGCGAGCUGUCCGAAAAUCCCAGCUCGAUAUGCAGAACACCGCAUUCGAGAUAGCAGAAGAUCUGAGGAGAAGUGUAUGGUUUGAAUCUUCGUGUGAUGGAUGCUGUUGCUAAAGUACCCAUUUAUUUUACAGCUUAGUGUAGUCCCUUAGCCACAUUUAUACUAGUCAUCAUCUAGGUAGUCCAAUGUGCAUCACUCGUUCUUUUGUCUUUCUCGGUUCAAAUCAUAGUUUUACCCCCGUAAUGAAUAUUUUCGACCGCUAUUCUUAGUAGAUUCCAUCUGGGAUAUAAGCAAUGUUUGGACCUCCUUCGGGAGUCAUCCGUUAAAAUUGGAACGAUACAGAGAAGAUUAGCAUGGCCCCUGCGCAAGGAUGACACGCAUAAAUCGAGAAGUGUAAACAAUUUUUUUCGAUAUUUUUCCAUGGAAAUCGACAUCGGUCUCUCGUCCUCCUCUAACCCCUCAAUCCGUUCCGAACAUGGUGCGGCGCAACAUGACAAAGGUAGCAGAGCAGAGCGCGGACAACACCAGAUUCAAAUCGAUGUCCAAGGUCACGUUGGAUACUCAGACAUUCCUAGAUCCGGAUGCCGAAGUCUUUAUCUAUUCUGGACAGAAGCUACAGUCCUCCGAGCUCCAGAAACAGUACAUGCGACAGCAGAUGUGGCCACUGCAGGAAAAGUUCAUGUGGACCUAUUCGCCGAUUUACAACAGUAUAAUUUUUUGCACUUUUGAUGAUGUUUUUUAGACCGAUACAUGGUUUAGACCAACGAUAGUUUAGACCCCCGAUGGUUUAGACCAACGAUAGUUUAGCGCGCCGAUAGUUUAGCGCACCGAUAGUUUGGCCCACCGAUAGUUUAAGACCACCGAUAGUUUAACCGAUUGCGAGAAGCCUCGGCACAUUUACAGGAUUCCCACAGGAGUAGAGUCAUCGCUGUACUUCUAUCAGUUUACCACGCUUACUAAUUUGCGUACUAUCAUUGAGAUUCAUCUUUUCUCCACUCGUCGAUCUAAACCCAGGUUCUGCGUUCGAGUUCGAUGAGCUUGCAACUGGAAGGCCAGGAAACGUGGCUAUGCGAGAGGACAAACCAAUAGCUGGGAAAGUUCCCUUUCAGUAUCCGAAGGCUGCAGUUAAGGCAAGAAUUCAUUGUGAUGUCGAAUCUUCAAAAAGACUUCUUAGAAAUACGGUAUCAUUUUUUUCUUGAGUACAUUCCUAGGAGGGAAUCGCAAAAGGAUGAAGGUAUAUUAUAAGCAUAAUGUAACAUCAGCAUCAACAUCACCAGUGAUUGUGCCAUCCGCCAUGUUGCUUUGCCUGUGUCUUUGUAUCGGAACAUCAUCCACCCCUCCACCCUGCUGAUCCCCGCUCACUCUAAUGCAGAGGGAGAGACAUUCAAGAAGCCGCUUCGCGAUGUCACAGAUUAUCGGAGAUGGGAACUCGAGACGUUUCCGUGGGCAGAGAACGAGUGGCACGGACUCGCCGUCGGAGCAGAGAGGAGAAAACCCAUCAAUGCAAAGAAAAUAUUCGAUGCUGAAAGGGUACCUAUGAGGAACUUGAUCUUGGUAGGGAGUUGUAGUGGCUAGUGUAGAAGUAAUGAUCGGAUCAAGCUUUUGGUGCUUACUUUUUGUUUAAGCUCUCCUUUUAUCUUCUUUUUUCCAGAGGAAGGCCGCUUACUUAUUUGCGGUGCGUUUCAGUGUCUCUAGCGCUUAGGUUACUGCUUCCUCAUGUACCUGUAUCACUUCCUGCGUGUAGGUAGUGUAGUGGUAGGAAGAGGAUAUGGAAGGUACUGAGUUACGGCACAAAAUGUAGUCGAGACCAGAGGGUUUUCCUCCAUACAUAGUACAUAAUCUAUGCAUCAUUACUCCUUCACAGAGCAGAUGCUUACUUACAACUUAGAGACCAGCGUUCUUUCCUCUACUUGAGUUUAACAUCUUCUCGAAAACCCCAGGUACCGCAUUUGCGAGAGCAUAAUGAUAGGCCAUUCGACCCGAAUCUUAUCGAGAGGCGGAUCAAAGAGUUUGGGCCUAAGAGCAUGUGGCAGAGUGUCCACGAAGCAGGAGACACCUACGAAAAUGCCAUUAUUGAAAUCAACAAGAAAGAGAAGGAGGAACGCGAGAAGGGCCGAAUAGGACCCGAUGUUUGGGGCUUCUACGAUAAAGACAAGACAAAAAAUGGCCUUAGCACCAUGGACAAGUAUAAUCACUUUUAGUAAUACGCAUUAUUGCUUGCUUUUUGUUGAUGUGGAUGAGCUUGUGGCCUUCAACAUUAUAGCACUAUGGACAAUUUGCUGUGGUUGAUAGUUGCCUUAACAGGACUAUGGACAACUAUUGUUUUCUUUUAACGUCUUGCUUGCUUCCUCGGCAAUUCUUAGGUGCCAUUCUUAGGUAGACUGGGCUCGGACUUUCAGUUGUAUCCUCAACAACUCCACCUCUACAAGGUACGAAUCCAUCCGGCACGGGGACCCGGUUCGAAUGCGUGGUAUCAAAUUUGACCAGAAGUUUAUUCCCAAAGCCAUCAAGAAGAAGUAUGGGAAGCACAAAAUUCUGGAGAGAACGAUCAAGCAACUUCCAACAAGCAUGCGGAUUGAAGAAAACUGGGAUGAGACAGCUCCCCAGGUUAAGGCUCCUCAUCUUGUUCGCUAGACUUAUAAUCCAUCUCUACGUAGUCAUAGUACAGAGUGGAUCCUUCAACUUCUCGUUCGCUAGACUUAUAAUCCAUCCAUCUCUACGUAGAUAGUACAGUGUGGAUCAUCCUGCUUCAACCGUGUACUUACUUACAAGGGAGAGAUAGUACAGUGUGGAUCAUCCUGCUUCAACCGUAUACUUACUUACAAGGGAGAGAUAGUACAGUGUGGAUCAUCCUGCUUCAACCGUAUACUUACUUACAAGGGAGAGAUAGUACAGUGUGGAUCAUCCUGCUUCAACCGUAUACUUACUUACAAGGGAGAGAUAGUACAGUGUGGAUCAUCCUGCUUCAACCGUAUACUUACUUACAAGGGAGAGAUAGUACAGUGUGGAUCAUCCUGCUUCAACCGUAUACUUACUUACAAGGGAGAGAUAGUACAGUGUGGAUCAUCCUGCUUCAACCGUAUACUUACUUACAAGGGAGAGAUAGUACAGCGUGGAUCAUCCUGCUUCAACCGUAUACUUACUUACAAGGGAGAGAUAGUACAGUGUGGAUCAUCCUGCUUCAACCGUAUACUUACUUACAAGGGAGAGAUAGUACAGUGUGGAUCAUCCUGCUUCAACCGUAUACUUACUUACAAGGGAGAGAUAGUACAGCGUGGAUCAUCCUGCUUCAACCGUAUACUUACUUACAAGGGAGAGAUAGUACAGUGUGGAUCAUCCUGCUUCAACCGUAUACUUACUUACAAGGGAGAGAUAGUACAGUGUGGAUCAUCCUGCUUCAGCCGUUUUUACUUUAAAGGGAGAUCAUGCUAGGGUUUAGGGAUCCCGAUCCCCACAGGGAACAGGGAUGAUUUGCGGGAGGCUCUAAUGAAGUCGAAUUCGAAGCACGCAUGCGGAACAAUGACGUCAUGGCACCCUACAAUGUCAAGACGAACUUGUACGUAUCACGACACACAGACCAAGACCUGCCUGGAUUCAACCCGACGCUCUAUACAAAACGCAGCUUUCAUGUUGGUACUUGCGAAAACUGAAAAUAACCGAGUUACUGACUGAAAUAAGGGAGGUAGCUUGAUUUAAGGCUACUCUUCCUUGUUCAGUAUCUCGCUUAUUGUAAGUAGUUACUCGCUUAUUUCAGUUUUUCGAAUAGUUUAUGUGCUAGGUUGCUCCGUUCAAGAUGCUUAAUUUGAGACUCUCAGGAUUUACGAUUUUGCCCAUGAUGAUGAGGUGACUUAGCCUUUCACGGCCAAGAAUCAUACAAUUACAACUACAUACAGGUAACAUGGCUCCCGCUCCAUGGAAGCACAGCUCUGGCACGUUUGAGAAGCAAAAGACGCAGAGCCUGAAGCAGAUCAGCAGCGCGAUUCGCGGCAUCGACUAUGACUACGAGCAAAAGUAUGUGUCCAAUCGCGAUUUCGACCGGUACUCGGCGCCAGCGAGGAACUACGCCCGCGAGGACUUCCUCGAGAAAAAUGCCACUAGACUCCCGAUGCUCAAUCUAAGGCUCUUGAUAAUUCAUAUUCUCAGAGGAUCGAUCUCUUUCUGUUUUUCGCUUAGGACGACCUGAAGAGAUGAUCGAUCUUAAUUGAAUAGCUGUUGACAUCUUAUCGUUUCCCCUUCUAAUGAAUGAGGAUAAAGGACGUCACGCGGAAAAAUUUGAGUACUCCCAGAGCAUGCGGAAGAUAAACUACAGCGGGACUAUGUACGAUUCUCCGAAUGGGCGAAGGGAACAGGCGGCGAGGUAGGAUAUAGAAAAACUAUAGCAUGUAAAUCAUGCAUAGUUCUGUGGUCUCUUACAAAUAUAGAGAUACAGAAGGAGGAAUCUUCUGCUUGGUUGUAAGUAGACCACCACGAAACAAGGUUAAGGUUUUUGAACAGGUUCGAAUGAAAAUGAAAUGAAAAAUCUAGAGAUGACCUUCACGCCUGAAAGUGAAAAGUGACUGUUACGAUUUGACUGGUUCAAAAUUACAAAGGUAUAGAGAUGACUGUUAUUCUUGACUGACUGAUGACUGACUUGUUCGGAUGACUUUGCAGCUGCUUUCAACACCUAUGCAGCUAGUAAAAAAUUUAGAAAAAAAAAAGUAGAUGUAGAGGUGGACUGCGUAUGACUCGCUGCUAAAUAGAAUUGCUAGCUUGUUGAUUUACUGCUUUUUGCUAGUUUGACUGACUGCGUACGAUCUCCCUAAAGGAAACGGAAGCCGUAGACUUGACUGACCUAGAGAAACUGACUUGAGGAAACUGACUUCUAAAAAGUUGCAGAGCUGUGUACUAAUAAGUACUCCUCAACAGGAGCAGCAGUUACAAGAGUUCGAUUUCUUGUAAUGAUCAUUGUUGACACCACGACCACGUCGAUGUUGCUAGAGUGAAAAUGUACUUGUACUUACUUACACAUGAAAAUUAAAGUCUAUGAUCAUGCAUUUUGGAGGAAAGAACUGAGUAUAGAAAGCAUAAAAUGAACACUCUAGUGUCAUGGCUAGAGUUGAUUUCUUGCAGAUGUUUUUCACAGUACUAGAAAGUGAACAGCAGGAUAUGAGAAACGAUCGUAAGUAAUAAAGUGCCGGAAGCACCCUGGGUCCAGACCCUCGUCUAGACCCUCGACUAAU